AGAAAACAACAAAAAAACGUUUUUGAAAAUUCCUAGUUUUUGAUUUUGUGUUGAAUAAAUAAAUGAUGGAUGAUGAAUGUCGUGGCGUUCGGCAGCGUAGAAAACAAGCGGAUCCAACUUGUUGUCCUGUUUGUGGUAUAACAGUACGAGCACACGAGAUGGAGCAGCAUUAUUCCAUGGAAAUGGAUCGUUUAAACAAAUUAAGUGUUCAAAAAUAUCGUAAAUCCCAGACGAAAGAGAUGCCUUUAGCAACGAUGGCCUAUUCACCGUCACCAUCACCAUCGCUUUCAGCUGCAUCGAGCACGGCGAAUGCUUCAAGUGACCCAAAGGAAUGCUGGACCACAUACCAACGUAUCAAAAACAAUCGAAGUGCUCGGCUCAAGUUGAAAAAUCGUAAACGCAGAGCCGAUGACCCGAUGUGUCCUGUUUGCAAUGAACGCAUUCCCGACGAUAUCAAGUUGCAUGUCGAACUUUGUUUACGUCGAAAUGAACGGAACAACGGAAGGUCGAGCGCAUCUAAUCACGACGACGACGAUGACGAUGAUGAUGACAUUAGCAUCGAUGUUGAAGGUGAUUUAACCUCACAAGUACUUAAAGCCUUCAAUUUACAAAUGUUUUUGUUGAAACCAUGUCUAGUCGCCAGUUUCAUUGAAUUGUCAGCUUUAAAAUUACCCGGUGGUGGUAUAACGGCAGGCCUUGUGACCACUGAUCGGCAGGUGCGCGUGUUGCUGCGUGAUUUAAAUGGCAAAGCAUGCUGGGAUGCAAGCAUCUUGUAUCGUGGACCAAAAAUUCAAAUCACAAACAUUGACAAUAUCGAUGAAAAGCCCAAUUUACAAAUUUGA